AUGCCGCGGAAGAUAUCAGUUGUUCGUCUUAAAGAAAUCAACAACCAGAGGGAGAAAGCGAAGAAAGAACUGACGGAAAGAGCUCUGCUGGGCUGCAUAAAAAUUAUCGCGGAGAUUCGUCGAGCUGGAGAUCUGAAAGCUUAUGCGAAACACCCAAAACUGAUACCAAAAUUUGGUCUAGCGUACCAAGUGGAUGUCGGCAUCGCUUUGCAUAGUGGUUGGAGCGUCGAAGGUGCGAUUGGAAGCGAAAUGAAGAUCGACGCAACCUAUAUCGGGUUUAAUGUUAGUGUUGCUCGGUCGUUGUUGAAAGCCCUACCACUCUACGGUUGCAGUCUACUUCUGACGGAGUCUGUCGUUGAGAAUCUCGGCAACAAGACAAGAGACAGAUGUCGGCUCAUUGAUGAGGUGAUGGUUGGCGAGGUCGGUAGAACUCCUAAGAAAGAGACCAAGUGUGGGAUAUACUCAUUCGAUAUCAAUGCGCAAGUGCCAGAGGCUCCCGAGAAUCAUUCUCGUGUGGGGAAGGUGAUCCCUCGGACGGAUGGGGUUCUUGAGAAUUUCGAUGUGAAUGUGGUUGAACAUUUGUUCGAGGUUGACAAAGAUGUGCAGAUCUUGCAAGAGGGCUACACUGAUGAGCUCAGAAAUUUAUGGCGCCAAGCGUGA